AUGUCAUCCAGCAGCUGUGCGAAAGAAAUCAGUCCUCAAUUACUCUGCCUUGUAACUGAAGCAGAUCCUAUACUUCACAAUCCAAUUGAGGAAAUGUCAUUAGAAGAUAUUCAUAGCGACGAAACAAAGCAAAUCGUUGCAAACAUGAUUUACUCGAUUAGACCAGAACAAUUAAAAAGUGCAAAUGCUCCGCAUAACAAAGCAGCGGGCAUGGCAGCAAAUCAAUGGAACAUCAGAAAGCGGAUCUUUCUAUUCUCUCCAAAUGGUAGUGAUGGAACUGUGAAAGUAGUAUUCAAUCCAACUUACAAACCAAUGAGACAGAUUCAAAAUACAACCGACGGAUCGCCAUCAACACCGGCCGAUGAAUAUACAAAUUUCUCUAAUGAAGGUUGCUUUAGCGUUCCGCAUGCAUACGGAAUAGUCGAGCGAUACACGCAUAUUGAAGUCAGUUACGUUGACGACCAAGGAGUUCAGCAUACGAAUGAGCAGCUGUCAGGUUGGCAAGCUCGUGUGUGGCAACAUGAAACAGACCAUCUUGAUGGCAUUCUAUAUUCGAAUAGGCAAUCAGGAAUCAACAACGGACCAAACUGUACGGCAUUACAUAGAUAUCAGAGUAAAGAUGAACUAGAACGAAAUUUUCCAAAGUAG